GGUUGCUUUGUAGUGAAUUGAAGCGUUUUGUUGUUCCCCUGUCCAGUCUGAUGAAAAUUUCGUAAUAAUAAUGCUGGAUAAAUAUUUAAGCAUUUGGAAAAUGGGGAAAAAAAGCCUAAUUGUGCGAGAGGGGACAAUAAAAGUAGCCCUUUAUUUAUAAAUAUUCCUCGAUGUGUCUCAAAAACAAACACAGAUAUGCGGAAACAAAGUGUUAAUAAAAGAGUGAAAAAUAGAGAGAGUGUCGCGAUAAGCGUUUGAGCGAGAUAGAGAAAAUUGUUGAUUAAAAUGUGUGUCAAAAUACAAAAACAUAAAACCGCUUGAACAGUCAGUUGCUUCUGAUAAUAAUCAUGGGAAGCGGCACGUGUGUUUCGCAGUACUCGGACUUAUAAAUUAUUUAACCGAAUGCAUUCUUCUAAUUUUGGAUAUGUGCUCACUUGAGCUACUUUGUUAAACGACAAAUAGCAAACCAAACAAACGAAUAGAAGACGAAAUCGACAACUACAUGUGAAAUUCACAAAUCAAAUCGCAUUUGUCGCAUCCCAAAGAUAUAGAACAACCAUAGGAAAGAUACAGAAUAAACCCGCAAAAUGCACGGCGUGAAAAGGGUGCUGAUUUUCUGCCUAAUGAUUGUGAUACUGCCGGCCAUCCUUAUCAUUAUGCCGCUGCACUUGCGAAAGUCGGUGUUUGCCGACGUCAUUUAUCCCAUGGCGGAGUCCGAUAUCAUUGAGAUUCGGGCAGGAAUCUCGUCGAUCUUUUGCUCCAAACACACACUGCGCAUGAGCUCCAAUUUCAACGCUUUUCAACUACGUAAUAAGCCGGAGAUUGCGACGAAUCGCAAACACAUUAGGCUGAAGAAGUCUAUGACACUGCCGGACGAUACCCUCGAAUACUGGGGCUUCUUCUUGCUGAAAGGCGCCAAGGUGCGUGUGAAGUUCUGCUCCCGCUACGAUGGAUCCAGCAUCCUGAUCAUCCAUGGUCAAAGGGAGCUCAAUCUUUGCGGUCUAACCGAUCACAAUAAGAACAAGUUUGGACCCAAUUAUGCCAAAGGACACGAGGAUGUGCAGGUGUUCUUCGAAGACAAUGUGGAGAUCACGGAAGAGAAGGGCAACCAAGAUAUCCUUAUCGAGCACGAGAAUCACGGUGGAGAGGAUUUGACUGACGAUGUUCUACAGCCGCAGUUGAACAUAUCUGUAAAGCCAAACAGUACUAUACAACCUAAGUUGAUCAGAAAAAAACUGAAAAAAGGCACAAUUCAUCGUGGUGAACACGAUGUGCAUGCUAUAACAGAUUUGCAAGGAUCACAUCACACGGAACACAUAUUGAAUCACCACGAGCACAGCUCCAAUUCUUCCGCACAUCAUCAUAAGAGUACUGUCCAUCAACAAAGUCCGAGUUCGAAUAUCACAAACGAAGAAACCAGUCGAAAUCACAUACAAUACGAAGAUGUUGCAGAUCAGAAUUCAAGUAAGACCCAUCAUAGUGCGGAAAGUGAGCCUCAUCGGGAACGUCUCAAAAGACACAAUAGGGGAUUAUCAUCCCAUAGGAAUCAGCAGAGACAGGAUCUGUACGAUACGCUUUAUAAAAGAUCAAAGAGGGAGAAUGUCUACGAUAGAAAGCCCAUACACGGAGGAAAUGCCAUGAAUUUUACAGAAACCGACGAGUCGAAUUCGGUGUCCAGCUUUGAGACUGGACUACGUGUCUGUUUCGAUGGAAUGAUUCUGCUGCAGGAGUUCUUUAGGCCAUAUAAUGAGUGCUCAAAUCCCCACAUAAUGGACCCUUCGCCCAACAAGAGUGCGAUGGUGGUGCACAACGUCAUCGAGGAUGGGUACUACUAUUACAUAUUCUACAGCGACAACGAUCACGUGCAAAACGAGAUCCAUGCCAUAUUCGAUAUUUACAAGCCGACGUAUCAGUACUCGAACAUGAGCGAUUCGCAGAGCUGUCUGAAUACCACAAAUUGCACGUUCAACAUCAGUUUCCUUUCGGACGAGAUUGUGGUGGUGGAGGUUCCCACUCGGGAUGGUAUUGAGCACGAGGCGGACGAUAUAACCAACCUGAUCUCCACCUGUCAUCCGCGCAGCGAGAUAUACGCCAUCUUUCCCAUUACGGUGCUGGUCCUGAUCCUCUGCUGCUCCUUCCUGUAGUCCUCUUGAUCCAAUAUUAUAAAUAAUACUAUUGUGAUAUUUAUGGUGAGGUAACUACCGGGUGAUAUACUUGCUUGUGAGUGUAUCAACGUUAUGGCCGGCCCCAAGACGAGAGCUUUUAAAGUAGCCAUAGAAUAUUCCAUAUCGUUUAUACACACGAAAUGAACAGUCUGAACAAUUCGUUACCAAUAUUCGUAGCUUUUAAUGUCAAUGUAGCCUAAGACGCCAGCAUUUUAAGAUCUACAGAUUAAAAUAGAAAUGUAAGGAAAAAUAUAUAUAUAUAAAUUGUAUAUUGUGUACAAAUAAUUGUAGAUACGAUGUAAUUUUAAGAAAGAACUUUAGUACUUAUCAACGUAAUCAAUAACUCUCAUUUUACAAACGACUUUGAUCUUUUUGUUUACUUUAAAAU